GGAGGCGGACGCCGGUGUGACUGAGACUCUGUGCCGCUCUGUGCUCGCAGUUCAUCGGCUCAGCUCGGCUCGGCACGGCUGUCCUCUUCCUCCUCCUCCUCCUCCUCUUCUUAACCUCUUCGCUGUUUGUGUCGCGGACCUUUUUUUAAACCGAACAAGAUGUCUCAGAAGAAGAUCAAGGCAGGGUCUGUGGUGGAGAUGCAGGGAGACGAAAUGACCCGAAUCAUCUGGGAGCUCAUCAAGGAGAAGCUCAUCUUCCCCUACCUGGAGCUGGAGCUGCACAGCUUUGACCUUGGCGUGGAGAACCGAGACGCGACAGGCGACCAGGUGACGGUCGAUGCGGCCGAGGCGGUCCGCCUCCACAACGUGGGCAUCAAGUGUGCCACCAUCACGCCCGAUGAACACCGAGUGGAGGAGUUCAAGCUGAAGCAGAUGUGGCGCUCGCCCAAUGGCACCAUCCGUAACAUCCUGGGCGGCACGGUGUUCAGAGAGGCCAUCAUCUGUAAGAACAUCCCACGCCUGGUGACCGGCUGGGUCAAACCCAUCAUCAUCGGCAGACACGCCCACGGAGACCAGUACAAAGCCACAGACUUUGUCGUGCCGGGGCCUGGUAAAGUGGAGAUGACCUACACGCCCACAGAGGGAGAGCCGGUUAAAUUUGUCGUCCAUGACUUUAAAGACACAGGAGGUGUGGCCUUGGGCAUGUACAACACGGACAAGUCCAUCAGAGACUUUGCCCACUGCUCCUUCCAGAUGGCGCUGUCCAAAGUGUGGCCGCUCUACCUCAGCACCAAGAACACCAUCCUGAAGAAGUACGACGGCCGCUUCAAAGACAUCUUCCAGGAGAUCUACGAGAAGGAAUAUCGCUCUCAGUUUGAGGCCAAAGGCAUCUGGUACGAGCACCGCCUCAUCGACGACAUGGUGGCUCAGGCCAUGAAGUCUGAGGGAGGCUUCAUCUGGGCCUGCAAGAACUACGACGGAGACGUGCAGUCAGACUCUGUGGCACAAGGCUACGGCUCCUUGGGAAUGAUGACCAGUGUCCUGAUCUGUCCCGAUGGACGCACGGUGGAGUCUGAGGCCGCCCACGGGACAGUGACCCGCCACUACAGGUUUCACCAGCAGGGGAAAGAAACCUCCACCAACCCCAUAGCCUCCAUCUUUGCGUGGACGCGGGGUCUCCUCCACCGGGCGAAGCUGGACAGCAACGCGGAGCUGCGAGUCUUCUCUGAGGCACUGGAGGCCGUGUGUGUGGAGACCAUCGAGGCUGGUUUCAUGACCAAGGAUCUGGCCAUCUGCGUCAAAGGACUGUCCAACGUGACACGGGCCGACUACCUGAACACCUUUGAGUUCCUGGACAAACUGGCCGAGAACCUGAAGAUGAAGCUGAACGAUCAGCCCAAGCUGUGAUUGGACGCCUGCGCUGAACCUCUGCACUCUGCACCACACAAACACACACACAUUCAAACAGCACAUGCUCACGCACACACACGGCCGUCCACACACUCACUAACACCAGAGCAGGGAAGUGUAUAUAUGUGUGUGUGUGUGUGUGUGUCCACACGACCCCUGGACGUCACGUCCUCGGUCAGAGGGACAGAUGUUUGUCCUCUGCUGCGGAGGACAAACAUCUCUAAUAUUGUAAAAAAUAAACCACAACUGAAACUGUGACAAACUAAACUCAAAGUUCACGGACCUCGUUCACCUGCGCUCGGUUUUCCUGAAGUUUGUGACUCUGUCAGUGAUCUGUGUGAAGACGGGGAGACGGAGUUCAUCACGGUUUAUACUCGACACUUUUAUCACUGCUAUGGCUGUGGGUUUUUUUUGGGCUACGUUACUUCUCAUUUGCUUCAGAACGGUUGGGAAACAGACAAUGCUAGCACACUUUCACGCAUCUUCUGCUUCACAUCCAGCUGAAGUCGUCACGACAGAGCUAACUCAAACGACCUAGGGGCCGAUGAGCAUCUAGUCUGGUCAGUAGGGGCCGGUCAAGUGAAAAGAAGUUCACCCGCUAAUGUUUAGAUGCUAACAACCGCAGUGUUCUCUGUGGCUCCUGGCGCUAACACCUGAUCGUAAACGUGUAGCUGCUUCCUCCAGAUGCUAAGAAUUUUAACUUUUAACUAUUUUCAAAACAAAAGAAGAAAAAAAGCUAACGUAUAGCUGCUAACAAGCGUUAGCCUCGUAGCUGCUUUACUCAGAUAGCAUUAGCAUGCGCCAAAUAAGCUCCGCUGUCGCCAAGUUUACUGAAACAGAUUUACAUGGAGUUUGUAGUUCUAAACAGAAGACAGUGCCCUCUGCUGGUGAGUUAAGUAGCACUCUCAUCUCAGGCAGACGUAUAAAUAUCAGUUUUGUUAUCGAUAACAUGCUAACAAUACCCAUCCCUAGGUGGUGCCGUUUCCCUCUCUGUGAAAAGUAAACGGUUGGUAACCGUGGAGACGACUGAAACCUGCCUCACCCGUUUCAUGUCAACGUUUUUGUUUUUGUUUUUUACGCAAACCUCAGACGACACAAACCCCGAAGUGAGUGUACGUACUGUGACUUUAACGCCAUGCAUCAUGAAUAUUUUAAUGACGGUCACGACUCUUUUUCCUCACACUUUUAGAUUUUUAUACUUUAAACCAGUCACAUUUGGUUAAAGAAGUAUUUAUUCGUCCUUCCUUUGUGUGUCUGUGUGUGUGUGUUUUCAGAUUGUUGUUGGUUUUUUAAUCGUCUCUGCGUUUCUGUAAAACGACACCAUGACUCGUAAUAAAUGAGUUUUUAAACAAA